UGUAGGUGCAAGGGACAAGUGCAUGUCAUGAUGUGUAGCAAGGUGGAGGGCCCAAGUCCAUUGUACCAAGUGAUUUGACCGACUAUGAGGACCCAGGUUCAUGGCUCAUUUGACUGCUAGUCGCCGUGAACGUAAUGGUCGAUAAGCCCACUGUCGACGUAGCGAUAGUCCCGGAGGACAUGCGUCGCUCACCAUGCAGGCCUCCCACCUUAUCACCGUCUACUCUGGCCGGAUCCUGCUACGCUGCACCCUUCGCAUUCUCCGAUCCAACCAGUUCUCCGACGCAUGCGAGCGUAUCUCUUAAGUUCUGUAGCUCAUCUCGCAUAGCUCCGGGCAGGGAAUUCCCGUCUGAGCCCACCUGCAUCCGACACGGCUCCUCCGGCACGUCUAUGACGAAGAGCUCAUUGUCGCGUUCGAGGGCCUGUGGCACGGCAUUAGAAGGCUUCUUUUCCCACCAGCGGUGCCAUCUUAGCUGUCGUGCUGCAGCCUUGUAAGCCCGGCGGGCUUUCCUUUCUUCGGGACUGUGCGGCCCGAUCCACCCGGCGGCGCUGACAACACAUCGUCUUCAGACAGAUCCUGUAGAUCAGGGCGUAUGCGGCAAGAAUCACGGCGAGAAUGACUAGCUUCGUCAUGGAGACGUGCUGUUUGUAUUCAGAGAUCUUCCGGAGCAAGCCGCAGCUGCGGCCGGACUCUUCGUUCAGACAUAGCGACCGGAUCAAAAUCUCGUCACGGCUUCGUUGUCUACGGGGCGAUAAUUCAGAGCCAGUUAUGAGCGGCGCUGUUGUGGUGGUACGGACUACUGACUGAGAUGUGGUGCAAUGGGGUGGUUAAUAUCGGCCACAGGGAAAUGUAGCCCACAAUGAAGAUACACCGC